AUGCUGCUGGUGUUGAGAGCUGUGCUGCUGCUGAGCCUGGCCUCGUUGUUGCACGCUGCCAGGAGAGACCAGGCGGUGAGCUUGAGUUUGGGGAAUGGAUCCAGACUGAGGCUGGUGAUGGAUCCCUCAGUGCAGAGUCAGCGCAUCAGCACCUCCGACUCCUCCAUCGCCAACAUGUCUCUGUCACCGUGGACGUACAGAGACUCCUGUGUGCCCUCCCGGUGGCCUCAGAGGAUCUCUCACGCUCAGUGCCUGACCUCUGGCUGUCUGAGCCUGGAGGGGGGGGGUGAGGACGCAGCUCUGGAGGCCAGACCCAUCUACUACCAGGUCCUCGUCCUCCACAAAAUCCUAAGGCAAGUGCACAACCACAAAGCAGGAGGGAGGAAGAGGAGGCAGUUUGACUUCAGGCUGGAGACGGAGGUGAUCACGGUGGGCUGCACCUGUGUGAGGCCCAGCGUCGUACCGCAGCAGCCAUAACAGGACCCUUUGGAAUCCUUUAAAUAGAUGUGUGAAGUUUACAAAGACAACACAAUUAUGACUCUUCCACUUUCUAGUGUGAGCAAGCCUUUUAAUUUA